ACUUUCGUUUUUGCUUUUGUUUUUGUUUGUUUUCUUGUUUGUUGUUGUUGUUUUUUUGUUGUUGUUUUUUGGGUGUGGGUGUCGUCUAACAUAUUUCUUUUUCCUAUUCUUAAAAAAAUAUAAUCUUUAAUAUCUUUAGCAAUUACUGCUGUACGGGGUAACACUUUUAUAAUGUUUUAGUUUUUACAUUCUUGCUAAUGUGAUCUUAACAAACGAUGGUCACACAGUGAACCCUUUCAUUCCUUGCAGAUAAAGUGAGAAAAUGCACUUUUCAAGUGACGCCCAUAAACUCGAGAAAGGCAAAGGAUGCCUGUCCAUCUUUAUGUUGAUCAUCUUUUCCUGCAGUCGUAAAGCUAACGCACAGUUCGAUGGCGAGACGCCGUUCCAGGAAGAGGUCUCACUGACAUGCACGUUCGGCGAGAACAUUAACGAGAAAAGACAACAGUUCAGGAUUUUGGAUGACCAGUCAGAGAAUGCUCUCAAGUGUAUUUGGAAAGAAGGAAAAAUCUUCUGUUCCGUGGGAGAUGGUUACAGCUUCGACUGGAGAAUAUCUGACAAAGUGACUGUCAGGAAAUCUCAGGGUCCUAUGCCAAGCAUUUGCUUUUGUUUUCUUGUUGACCAGGACAACACUAAGUAUGAAAGACCCUGUACUGUUGAAGGUCCAGUACAGCGACCCGAAAGCGAGAAAACUGAGACACAAAAUCCCGAAAACUUUUUUCCAAGAAAGUCUUCAUCAGAAGAAUUUUCACUCACUGAUUCACAUUCAACGUCAGACGAUGUGUUUGUGAUUACUAGUGUGGCACUAACUGUGGUUUCUUUGGGCCUCUUUAUUGCAGUAAUCUUCACUUUCAUUAAAUGGCGUCGUAGCCGUCAGAGCCAAGAAAAAGAUUCAAAUAGCGACGAUCCGCUCGUGGAGACACCUCCUGUAGAAUCUGUAUAAACUGAUUCGUCCAUGCGAACAUCUGAAGUGUCUCAGGCUUAUGACAUGGGCCUCGUCUGUUUUUCUUGCAUGUCUUUUAGACUGGUACCUGGCUCUUACCACCCUGUCAUUUUACUGAAUUUGUUUCCGAUCAGUAGUGACUUAUGCUGCAUUACAGUCUGUUCUCCACUCGUCGCCAGUCGUCUUCGCUGCCCGUUAGUAAGAAGCUCAGCUUUGACGGAGACGUGGAAGUUCAUCUUCUGAAAACGUGGCGAUGAAGACGUACUGAGGGAUGUCUGGAGCAGAUUUGUAAUCAGUACAGCCUACUGAUUUCUGCCUUCUUUAUUCAGUGACUAGACAGAUGUCCAGAAUAGCUAAAGGUUACCAGUUUUCCGGUUAUUGUAAAACAUGGAGAAUUAUUUUUGGUAAGAGAUGUUACACAAUUACAAAAAAAUAUCCAAGGUCCAGCAAAAGUGUAAUAUUGUUUGUGGUUCGGACUUGUAUUUCCGCAAGAAAUAUUGGUAAGGCCUAUGGACAACAUGCCUUUAUUUAUUUCAAUGAUUAUUAUAGGGUUUUUUUUCGUUCUAUGUAUUUUCAUUGUUUCCUUUGAUAUUUAUAUCCUCCUUCACAAUCUUAAAUGUCGAGUAAUUAACAUGCUGAACUCUGAUGUUAGAGCAAGGUAAGAGAAACCCUCCAAUGUUCUGUUGUUAUAUUGUGUAACAUGAUUGUAACUUACUGCUGUAACAUUUGCACAAUUCGUUUGGGAGCACCAGCUUGUGUGUGACGAUCUGUUCUUGGCUGAGCAGCGUUCACUUGACAUCUUCAGCUCGCGCUAGCAGGAAGCUCUCCUUGGGCGGAGACGCGUAAGAUCUUCAGCUUCUGAAAGCGUGGCGAUGAAGAUGUAGUGAUGGUUGUUUCUUGAACAGCUUGAAAUGAUUCUUUAGCAGAAACUACGACUGGGACAAGUAAAGUUGAGAUUAAUAAAUCUCACUAAUUAGAGAUUGCAAAGAAUCUUGUGCAAACCACCAUGCAUAACCUUUGCUGGUUACAAAUACAAUGUCCAUUAAAGAAAGUAAGACAGUCUCUCUGUUUUUUGUGUUUAGUGCUGCAUUAUAGAUAAUUGUCUAAUAAUUCUGUAACUUUAUGCAGUCAUGAAUAAACCUGAGUCUAUUUGA